AUGCAAUCCUCAACAAAAGAUAUCAAUCAACCUCUGCUUGAUUCCAAGUCUCCUUCAAUUACAACAAACCGACCUCAUGGAUCCACCGACGAGCUCGAAAACAUUUUGUCAGACAUUACGGUGCCAUUCUCGCAGCGUAUGUGGAUUGCGACCAGAAUUGAAUCUAAGCUUCUCUUCAAAUUGGCUGCGCCUGCUGUCAUUGUUUAUAUGAUCAAUUAUCUCAUGUCCAUGUCCACAAAUAUCUCCUGCGGCCAACUCGGAAACCUCGAGCUUGCUGCGUCCUCUCUCGGCAACACUGGCAUCCAAAUGUUCGCUUAUGGUCUCAUGUUGGGAAUGGGAAGUGCAGUGGAGACUCUAUGUGGACAAGCAUAUGGUGCACAAAAGUACGAAAUGCUAGGCAUAUACCUUCAAAAAUCAACAAUUCUUCUAACUCUUACUGGAAUCCUACUAUCAAUCAUCUACAUUUUCUCCAGAAAAAUUUUAAUUUUCCUUGGUGAAUCCCCAGAGAUCGCAUCAGCAGCAUCAAUCUUCGUCUUCGGCCUUAUCCCUCAAAUUUUUGCGUACGCCGUGAACUUUCCAAUUCAAAAAUUUAUGCAAGCACAAAGCAUAAUAGCUCCAAGUGCAUACAUAUCAGCUGUCACGCUUAUAAUCCAUGUAUUCCUAAGUUGGCUCACUGUGUAUAAACUUGGGUUUGGAUUGUUAGGUGCAUCCCUUGUGUUGAGCUUUUCUUGGUGGAUUGUUGUGAUAGCUCAGUUCGUAUAUAUUGUUAAGAGUGAGAAGUGUAGAUACACAUGGAGAGGAUUUAGUGCACAAGCCUUCACUGGACUACCUGCGUUCUUCAAGUUAUCGGCUGCAUCGGCAGUGAUGCUUUGCUUGGAGACUUGGUACUUACAACUUCUUGUUCUAUUGGCAGGGUUACUAGAGAAUCCUCAGUUGGCCUUAGAUUCCCUUUCAAUCUGCAUGUCAAUUGUGGGAUGGGCUUUUAUGACAAUAGUCGGCUUCAAUGCAGCGGCAAGUGUGAGAGUUGGGAAUGAACUGGGAUCUAAGCAUCCAAAGUCAGCAGCAUUUUCUGUAAUAGUUGUGAACUCGAUCUCUCUCAUAAUAUCGGUAAUCGUAGCAAUUAUAUUGUUGACAUUACGCGAUGUCGUAAGUUACAUCUUCACGGAAGGUGAAGAAGUCGCUGCAGCUGUCUCAGAUCUCUGCCCGCUUCUAGCUAUCACCAUUAUCCUCAACUCUGUGCAACCUGUUAUGUCUGGUGUGGCUGUUGGAUGUGGAUGGCAAGCUUUUGUAACAAAAGUUAAUGUGGGAUGUUACUAUUUAGUUGGCAUCCCCUUUGGUGUAAUUCUUGGUUUUUACUUCAAUCUGGGUGCCAAGGGGAUAUGGUCAGGAAUGCUUUGUGGGACUGCAAUGCAGACCAUCAUUUUGUUAUGGGUAACAUUUCGUACAGAUUGGAAUAAAGAGGUUGAAGAAUCUUUGAAGAGAUUGGAUGAGUGGGGGAGGGAGGACAAGAAGCAGCCACUUUUGAGUUGA